GAAAGACAGAGCCAGCCUGAGAGCUAGCAAUAUAAAAGAAACCAACCGUCUCCGUUGAGGUCAAAACCCAACCACCACCGGCACCGUCACCGUCACAACUAAACAAGAAAACGCCACCGUUUUUGGUUGAACUCUUAUGCUAUUUCCGAUCGUGUUUACUCGGCGACUCCCGUCGUUGGGGCCCAUUGGCGAUUUCCCGGUGAGUCUCUGGUGGUAUGAUAUUUGACUCAUGAAGAGCCACGCCAAUAACAAAUCCAACGGCAGCAGCACCAACAACUACCACCACCACUCCAAUGGCUUUAUCCCUAAUUCUCUGAAAUUUUUAUCCUCUUGUAUCAAAACCGCAUCUUCCGGAGUCCGCUCCGCCAGCGCCUCCGUCGCCGCCUCAAUCUCCGGAGACAACCAUGAAAACAAAGACCAGGUAUUAUGGACUGGCUUUGACAGAUUAGAGCUUGGUCCCUCUGCCUUUAAACGUGUUCUCUUACUCGGUUAUUCGAAUGGCUUUCAAGUCCUUGAUGUUGAAGAUGCCUCUAACUUCAAUGAACUUGUUUCAAAGCGGGAUGAUCCUGUUACAUUUUUACAGAUGCAGCCACUCCCUGCAAAGUCUGAGGGUCAUGAAGGAUUUAGAGCAUCACAUCCUUUACUCUUGGUUGUUGCAUGUGAUGAAUCAAAGAGCUCAUCUCCUAUGCAAAGUGCAAGAGACGGGUUGGUCAGGGAUCACUUUACCGAACCUCAAACAGGAAGCAAUGUUCUGUCUCCGAAUGCAGUUCGGUUUUACUCACUAAGAUCUCAUAAUUAUGUCCAUGUUCUGAGAUUCAGGUCAACUGUGUAUAUAGUUAGAUGCAGUCCUCAAGUAGUGGCUGUGGGCCUUGCAGCACAAAUAUACUGCUUUGACGCACUCACACUUGAGAAUAAAUUCAGUGUCCUCACCUAUCCCGUUCCUCAAUUGGGAGGCCAAGGAAUGGUUGGGGUUAAUAUUGGCUAUGGACCCAUGGCUGUGGGACCCAGGUGGUUGGCUUAUGCCUCCAACAAUCCAUUGGUCUCGAACACAGGUCGCCUCAGUCCACAAAGCCUUACUCCUCCUGGGGUCAGCCCAUCAACAUCACCUGGCAGUGGAAGUCUCAUGGCUCGUUAUGCCAUGGAGUCUAGCAAGCAGUUAGCAGCUGGAUUAAUCAAUCUGGGUGACAUGGGGUACAAAACUUUUUCAAAAUAUUGUCAUGAGCUUAUACCUGAUGGGUCUAAUUCUCCUGUAUCAUCAAACUCAAGUUGGAAAGUUGGCCGGCUUGUAUCACAUUCGACAGAAACUGACAAUGCUGGGAUGGUUGUUGUCAAAGAUUUUGUUUCCAGAGCUGUUGUAUCACAGUUUAGAGCCCAUACUAGUCCAAUUUCUGCUCUGUGUUUUGACCCUAGUGGGACACUUCUAGUUACUGCUUCAAUACAUGGGAACAAUAUAAACAUUUUCCGGAUAAUGCCGCCCCCCUCACGAAAUGGAUCAUUCACUCAACCACAUGAUUGGAGCUCUUCUUAUGUGCACCUUUACAAGCUCCACCGUGGCAUGACAUCAGCUGUGAUUCAAGACAUUUGUUUUAGUCAUUUUAGUCAGUGGAUUGCCAUUGUUUCGUCUAGGGGCACUUGCCAUAUAUUUGCUCUCUCUCCUUUUGGUGGUGAGACUGUGCUCCAAAUACAUAACUCUGAUGUUGAUGGUCCUACCCUUCUGCCUGUUAUAUCUCCUCCAUGGUGGUCCACUCCAUCCUUCAUGAUAAACCAACAAUCUUUUUCUCCCCUGCCACCCGCACCCGUAAUCCUCUCUGUGAUUAGCAGAAUAAAAAAUAGUCAGUCUGGGUGGCUCAACCAAGUUAGUAAUGCUGCAUCUUCUGCAGCAGGAAAGGUCUCCAUUCCAUCGGGUGCUACUGCUGCUGUUUUUCAUAGUUCAUUGCCUCAUGAUCUGCUACCUAGUCCCUUGAAAGUCAAUGCUUUGGAGAACCUAUUGGUUUACACCCCAUGUGGUUAUACAAUUCAAUAUAAACUACUCCCAUCAAUGGGAGGAGAACCAAGUGAUGCUGUGUCGAGAACUGGGCCAAGUUCUUCAUUGCACGUACAAGAUGAGGAGUUGCGAUUAAAAGUUGAACCUGUUCAGUGGUGGGAUGUUUGCAGAAGAAGUGAUUGGUUAGAAAGAGAGGAAUGCAUCUCUGGGAUUGCUCUUGGCAGACAAGAAACUGCAGACAUGGUCAUGGAUAGUUCUGACUGUGAGGAUAAUCAUGUUGGAAAUAAGGAGUUUGUAAAGCCCAAUGAACGAUCUCACUUGUAUCUUUCCAAUGCAGAGGUGCAGAUUAGCUCAGGGAGGAUACCAAUCUGGCAAAAAUCUAAGAUAUCCUUCUGUGCGAUGAGUCAUCUGGGAACUAAUGGGCAGAAUGAGAAUCAUACUGGAGGAGAGAUUGAAAUAGAGAAGGUUUCUGUUCAUCAGAUUGAAAUUAGGCAGAGAGAUUUAUUGCCUCUUUUUGAUCAUUUCCUCAGGAUUCAGUCUGAUUGUAGUGACAGGAGCUUUGUUGGGGGAAGAAGCUCUAGUUUAUCUUCUGAUUCUCAUGUAGCUAAAGAAAAGUUUUCUGAAGAUGCUAUUAUUUGCCACUCAAAGUUGGUAUCACUUAGUGCAGAUGAAAACUCAGAUGGAUUAUCUGGGGAAUCAUAUACAUCCAUUGCCCAAUCUAGGAAUAAUACGAAUGUGGAGAAAGGAGGGAGAUCUGUUUUAUCAUCACCUCUGCUGAAUAAAAGCUCUAUUAACAAAGAUAGUAUACCGAUUUCUGCCAAACAACCUACAACUGGUCUUUCUCUGGUUCAGGAUAGUAAUUUCUCUAAUAGUCUAUCUACUUUAACGAGUGAUUCAAUUUCUGCCAAUAGAACUAUUGCAAAGGAAAUUCAAUCAUCAAACAAUGGCGGGUUCGGUGAAUUUUCAAAUAUAAGCUCCAACCGCUCUGAUUUGAGUAUGAAUAUUAUUGAUGAGGGACUGGUUCAUAACUCUCUAGACUUUGAGCAAUUUUUUCAAGAGGGUUAUUGUAAAGCAUCACCUUUGACUGAUUGCCGUGAUACAACUGAAGUUGCCACUGAUGUGGACAGCAGCAGUAGUCCUUGUGAUAGGGAGAAAUCUGAGGAAGAUGGCGACAAUGAUGACAUGCUUGGUGGUGUAUUUGCCUUCUCAGAGGAAGGUUGACGCGUACCUUGUGGUGUCUGAUGCCACCUUCUCUUGCUUUCAGCAUGUUUUGUAAUUGAUUGGUCAAAACUCAGCCUAAAGGAGGAUGAGAUUCUAAUAAACAAAAGGCAGGUUAUUACCUUUCGACAAUUGAAUAGCUACUGACUAAUUGAUACCAGUGAUGCGAUCUUGGCCCAUCAAAGUGUUGCAUUGGCAAAGGCCUAGUCUCUUCCCCUUCUAAUCCAUUGUACAUCAUGUAAAUUGAAAUUUCGUAUUACAAAUGAUUUGUGUGGACAAGUUCUUUCUAUGUUGUGUAGCACUAUUCAUUCUUGAGGAAAUAGAAAUAAAGAAAUAAAGAAGGAAAUGAAAAAAAGCAUAUUACUGUGAAAAAA